GAAGUCAGGCUAGAAAGAUUUGUUUAUGGGAUGUUUCCUCUAGGAGUUUACUAGCCUUCUGUAUUACUAUUUCAACCAAACUUUUAUUUGGCUGUGGAUAUAUUUGGAUGACUCUCUGAUGCAAGCCCAAGUUUUUUACUGGAAAUAGCAUCUUCUUCUUCCUGGAAAGGUAUCUAAAAUCCUAGAAUGUCUGAUCAAAGCACAACAACGAAUGGUUCAGAUUCUGCUGCUUCACUUCAUGAAGCAAAACAGCAAGGCAGGAAACCAAAACCGAAUAAAAAAACAGAAGUGCAAGAAGAAAGUGAGGACGAAAGUUCUUUGGGGGAGUUAACAGAGAGUCAGACGCAAGAUGUGUCCAGUGAGGUUGUUCCAUACACUGAAACAGAGAAUACAAGGACAGAAGAAACACCUGCAGUUGUGUGUGAAAAUGAUAUCUGUCACUCAACCCACCCUCCAAGAUGGUGGAUUCCAAUGAUUCGGAAAGAUGAUGAAUUCUUCCAUUUUGUCAUUGUUUGUUUCUCCACUGGAAUGUCAUUAGUUUGCAAUUACAAAUACAACAACUGGACAGUUUCCUGUGGAAUCGGCUUGAUGACCUUUGCAGCCUUAGAAACAACAGGAAUAUAUUUUGGCCUUGUGCACCGCAUUCGAAGUGUCCUGGAAGCUUUUAUCCCCCUUAUUCAAAGAGUCAAAAUACCUGGGUUCAAAAAGCUUAACUAAGCCAGAAAUCUCAAGAGGACUAAAUAAAUCCUGUUUGUUUUCGAGACUGUAGUGACAACUGUAAUAAUGUACCAACAGUAUAAAUGUCUGGGUUAAAGAACUGAGCUAUGAGGACUGGAACUGGCAAGUUGGAGAUGAAGAAUUUGGGGCUACCAAAGACAGUGCAGAUGUCAUCAGCAACUCCAGCAGCCUGGGAAAUGGACUUCAAGCAGUCCAUUAUAAGGAGAGGGCUGGAGAAAUCAACUCAGGAUUUAAACCUUGGGACAUGCAUGCUUAGCUAGUCUUUCAGACUCUGUAGAAGCUAUUCUUUGUCAUUACUAGAGCUGCUUAGUAUCGGCAAUAAAGUUACUUAUCGAUCCAA